AUGUGGGAGAUUGAUGCGGACGGAACGAGGAGCCCAUGGGUCGCCAAGUUUUACAAGACGAAGGAGGCCAAGGAGGUGUACUAUGAGGACGCGAAGCUCAACAUGAUCGCUCAGAGUUACGCUGACGACUUCAACAAGCUUGCAAACAUCAGAGAGAAGAUCGCCUUCGUUCCUUCUUACGUGCUGGAGCUCUCGAAUGGGAGGGUUUGCACGGCUGAACCUGUAGGUCACCUGGUGAUGUGCGGGGAGUACGUGAAACACAACGACAACUAUGGAAGUGUUACGACGAGCCUCAAAGCUCCGCAGGCUUUCAGCCACUUUACGUUCGAAUCUUCUGGGAGGGAGCUGCUCAUAUGCGACAUCCAGGGGGUGGGGAACUACUUCACUGACCCUCAGAUCCAUUCGAAAGAUGGCAAAGGAUAUGGGCUAGGAAACUGCGGCAUGAAGGGGAUCAACAAGUUCAUUGAGACGCAUACGUGCAAUGAAAUUUGCCGAGCUCUCAAGGUGAAGGAUGUCGGAGGGGAGGGAAGAGGAGGGAAGUAUAGGCAAGGCAGGGACUGGGGACGGAGAUGCCAGGGAACACUUCGAUGUCUCAAGUGA